AUGACCCAGAUGAAGAGGAUAACCAGACUCAGGAGAAGCACAGAGCCAGCAGUGACAGCUGAGACCAGCACCAGAUACCUGGGAAUGCCUAGCCCUGAGGACGCACCAUUCUGGUCAUCUGUGGUACAGCAACACACCAGAGUAGAACACAUUUUUUAAUUCAGUUCAGUACAUAUUAUUUAAAAUAUCCCCAGGGGCAAUUCAUGUUAUAACAGAGAUGUUGAAGAAUACCAUACAACUCAACAAAUUGACCAAUCUAAACUUGUUUAGAAGUUACAGCCUCAAGUUAGGAUUUGUUCCUAUGAGACUGCGCCACUCAGAGCUCACAUUAAGACAAUGGUCCUGAAUCGUUCCCUAACCCUCCUCUUGACCCUAACCCUUCAAUAUCUGCACCCACCACUUACAGUGGGGAAAAAAGUAUUUAGUCAGCCACCAAUUGUGCAAGUUCUCCCACUUAAAAAGAUGAGAGGCCUGUAAUUUUCAUCAUAGGUACACGUCAACUAUGACAGACAAAUUGAGGAAAAAAAAUCCAGAAAAUCACAUUGUAGGAUUUUUUAUGAAUUUAUUUGCAAAUUAUGGUGGAAAAUAAGUAUUUGGUCAAUAACAAAAGUUUCUCAAUACUUUAUUAUAUACCCUUUGUUGGCAAUGACACAGGUCAAACGUUUUCUGUAAGUCUUCACAAGGUUCACACACACUGUUGCUGGUAUUUUGGCCCAUUCCUCCAUGCAGAUCUCCUCUAGAGCAGUGAUGUUUUGGGGCUGUCGCUGGGCAACACGGACUUUCAACUCCCUCCAAAUAUUUUCUAUGGGGUUGAGAUCUGGAGACUGGCUAGGCCACUCCAGGACCUUGAAAUGCUUCUUACAAAGCCACUCCUUCGUUGCCCGGGCGGUGUGUUUGGGAUCAUUGUCAUGCUGAAAAGACCCAGCCACGUUUCAUCUUCAAUGCCCUUGCUGAUGGAAGGAGGUUUUCACUCAAAAUCUCACGAUACAUGGCCCCAUUCAUUCUUUCCUUUACACGGAUCAGUCGUCCUGGUCCCUUUGCAGAAAAACAGCCCCAAAGCAUGAUGUUUCCACCCCCCAUGCUUCACAGUAGGUAUGGUGUUCUUUGGAUGCAACUCAGCAUUCUUUGUCCUCCAAACACGACGAGUUGAGUUUUUACCAAAAAGUUCUAUUUUGGUUUCAUCUGACCAUAUGACAUUCUCCCAAUCCUCUUCUGGAUCAUCCAAAUGCACUCUAGCAAACUUCAGAUGGGCCUGGACAUGUACUGGCUUAAGCAGGGGGACACGUCUGGCACUGCAGGAUUUGAGUCCCUGGCGGCGUAGUGUGUUACUGAUGGUAGGCUUUGUUACUUUGGUCCCAGCUCUCUGCAGGUCAUUCACUAGGUCCCCCCGUGUGGUUCUGGGAUUUUUGCUCACCGUUCUUGUGAUCAUUUUGACCCCACGGGGUGAGAUCUUGCGUGGAGCCCCAGAUCGAGGGAGAUUAUCAGUGGUCUUGUAUGUCUUCCAUUUCCUAAUAAUUGCUCCCACAGUUGAUUUCUUCAAACCAUGCUGCUUACCCAUUGCAGAUUCAGUCUUCCCAGCCUGGUGCAGGUCUACAAUUUUGUUUCUGGUGUCCUUUGACAGCUCUUUGGUCUUGGCCAUAGUGGAGUUUGGAGUGUGACUGUUUUGAGGUUGUGGACAGGUGUCUUUUAUACUGAUAACAAGUUCAAACAGGUGCCAUUAAUACAGGUAACGAGUGGAGGACAGAGGAGCCUCUUAAAGAAGAAGUUACAGGUCUGUGAGAGCCAGAAAUCUUGCUUGUUUGUAGGUGACCAAAUACUUAUUUUCCACCAUAAUUUGCAAAUAAAUUCAUUAAAAAUCCUACAAUGUGAUUUUCUGGAUUUUUUUUCCUCAAUUUGUCUGUCAUAGUUGACGUGUACCUAUGAUGAAAAUUACAGGCCUCUCUCAUCUUUUUAAGUGGGAGAACUUGCACAAUUGGUGGCUGACUAAAUACUUUUUUCCCACACUGUAUCUACCACAAUACUCCAGUAUCCCUGCACAUUGUACAUCUGGUAUUGGCACUGACCCUGUAUAUAAGCUUCCUAUGUUAUUUAUUGUGUUGUUUUUUAUUUAUUGUCUUAUUAGUUAUAAUAUUUUGAUAUUGAAUACUGCACUGUAGGGUAGGGCUUGCAGGUUAAGCAUUUCACUGUACUUGUGCAUGUGACCCAAAAAUUGAAUUUGAACAUUGAAGGGUAUAGUAAGUGCCAAAUGGAGGGUUAGGGAGCGAAUCAGGACUGGCUGAGACACUCACCAUUCACCACCAGCAAAACAGCUCCUUCCCCCUCAGUUUUGGGUUUCUUAGAAACACCGUACAAACACCAGUAGGCCCCAGAGUCUUCUAUGGUCAGGUUUGUGAUGGUGAUGUCCAUUUUGUUGAGUCCUCCGUUAGUCGUCAAUCUGAGUUGGAACCUUUCAUGGAUGGUGAUUUUUCCUGUUUCCUGGUAAUAGUAGAAGACUAGUAUAUUUUUUGUCAGGCGCAUAAACACACUCAGGUUGUUUUGGUCUUGUAGAGUGGUGCUGCAGUGGAUGGUCAUGGUGUCUCCCUUCUGCUUUCGGACCAGUAGUCCAUUGUUCCCUUUUUAUGAGCAGAUGGGAGAAUGGAAGAAACACACACACCAUAUGUGUCACAUGUUUUGUUCUUUAAGGAUAAACCAAUACCAAUCAGUCAGUUAAGGAGAUUUUCACUACCCUAAACUAGUUUCACAGAAGUCUGGGUCUAUUUUUGGAAACGUAUUAUGAUUACAAGGAGCCAUCUACUACUCUCAUUUGAAUAUUGCACUUGAAAAGUAAAUGACUUGAAAACAGCCUGUUGUAUUGUACCUCUAUGAUAUUGCAACUCUAGAUUACAGUGGACUCUAGAUUACAGUGGACUCCUGAAAAAGGCAAUAGCUUGGGACUGUCGUGCCAGAGCAUCAGGAGCAAGCUAUUAACAAUCAUGUAAUUGAAAUGAGACUGGAAAACUGUAUUGUACUUAAAGAAUUCAAACUUAAUCAAAGUGCACUUAUCAGGAGUCGACUGUACAUAAUAUAUUUUAAAUGUAAAACUGACUAGAUGAAAUGUUAAAUAAAAAACCACCCCUUUCCAUGAACUCAAAAAGAUGUCCACCUCCCAAUAGAAAACUAAAAUAAACACCACUCACCUUUCCCAGCCAGGGUGCUGCAAAGGAGACAGAGGAAGAUUGCACAACACAGACAGAAAGCAGACAUUGUGCUAAAACAACAUGAGCUUCACAUCAAAACUAAACUGAGCCUUCAAAUAACAGGAAAUAUAUGUCUAUACCACAGUGGUGUCUGCCCUUGAACCUCUCCACCAAUAGGAACAUGAGGUAUGCCUACUACAGUGGGGGAAAAAAGUAUUUAGUCAGCCACCAAUUGUGCAAGUUCUCCCACUUAAAAAGAUGAGAGAGGCCUGUAAUUUUCAUCAUAGGUACACGUCAACUAUGACAGACAAAAUCAGAAAAAAAAAUCCAGAAAAUCACAUUGUAGGAUUUUUAAUGAAUUUAUUUGCAAAUUAUGGUGGAAAAUAAGUAUUUGGUCAAUAACAAAAGUUUCUCAAUACUUUGUUAUAUACCCUUUGUUGGCAAUGACACAGGUCAAACGUUUUCUGUAAGUCUUCACAAGGUUUUCACACACUGUUGCUGGUAUUUUGGCCCAUUCCUCCAUGCAGAUCUCCUCUAGAGCAGUGAUGUUUUGGGGCUGUUGCUGGGCAACACGGACUUUCAACUCCCUCCAAAGAUUUUCUAUGGGGUUGAGAUCUGGAGACUGGCUAGGCCACUCCAGGACCUUGAAAUGCUUCUUAUGAAGCCACUCCUUCGUUGCCCGGGCGGUGUGUUUGGGAUCAUUGUCAUGCUGAAAUACCCAGCCACGUUUCAUCUUCAAUGCCCUUGCUGAUGGAAGGAGGUUUUCACUCAAAAUCUCACGAUACAUGGCCCCAUUCAUUCUUUCCUUUACACGGAUCAGUCGUCCUGGUCCCUUUGCAGAAAAACAGCCCCAAAGCGUGAUGUUUCCACCCACAUGCUUCACAGUAGGUAUGGUGUUCUUUGGAUGCAACUCAGCAUUCUUUGUCCUCCAAACACGACGAGUUGAGUUUUUACCAAAAAGUUCUAUUUUGGUUUCAUCUGACAUUCUCCCAAUCCUCUUCUGGAUCAUCCAAAUGCACUCUAGCAAACUUCAGACGGGCCUGGACAUGUACUGGCUUAAGCAGGGGGACACGUCUGGCACUGCAGGAUUUGAGUCCCUGGCGGCGUAGUGUGUUACUGAUGGUAGACUUUGGUCCCAGCUCUCUGCAGGUCAUUCACUAGGUCCCCCCAUGUGGUUCUGGGAUUUUUGCUCACUGUUCUUGUGAUCAUUUUGACCCCACGGGGUGAGAUCUUGCGUGGAGCCCCAGAUCGAGGGAGAUUAUCAGUGGUCUUGUAUGUCUUCCAUUUCCUAAUAAUUGCUCCCACAGUUGAUUUCUUCAAACCAAGCUGCUUACCUAUUGCAGAUCCAGUCUUCCCAGCCUGGUGCAGGCCUACAAUUUUGUUUCUGGUGUCCUUUGACAGCUCUUUGGUCUUUGCCAUAGUGGAAUUUGGAGUGUGACUGUUUGAGGUUGUGGACAGGUGUCUUUUAUACUGAUAACAAGUUCAAACAGGUGCUAUUAAUACAGGUAACGAGUGGAGGACAGAGGAGCCUCUUAAAGAAGAAGUUACAGGUCUGUGAGAGCCAGAAAUCUUGCUUGUUUGUAGGUGACCAAAUACUUAUUUUCCACCAUAAUUUGCAAAUAAAUUCAUUAAAAAUCCUACAAUGUGAUUUUCUGGAAAAAAAUUUCUCAAUUUGUUUGUCAUAGUUGACGUGUACCUAUGAUGAAAAUUACAGGCCUCUCUCAUCUUUUUAAGUGGGAGAACUUGCACAAUUGGUGGCUGACUAAAUACUUUUUUCCCCCACUGUAUAUCAAGAAAUGACGACAUAACAUACAGAGAAUCAAGACCUGAACUUAUUUAAAUUGCAAUUGUGGGUGUCAGUGUGUGACAGAGUCAUAGGUUAGGGAUAAAUGAGGUUAAACAACAAAACACAAUUAUUUGCUGAGUAUUAAUUUGUGGGUUUGUCAUUCAAAGACAGUGACUUCAAGUACAACUGGAAUAGUACGCUACAACAACCAUUUCCAAUGGACACACGCAAUGAACUUUUCCAAGUUAGUGCACAAUGUUGUGACCUUUUAUUAUUGAGACUAUAGGCAGGUAGAUAUAACGAAUCAGAGUGUGUGAUACCAAUGACUUCUAACUCUAUUGAUGCUUUCUACGUGCAACCUGGGAUCAGGUGAUAUGUGUAACACUAGACUCCCUACUCCCAGAAUGGUUCACUACAUAACAUAUCCUCUACUCCCAGACAUGAGAGGUGAAUGGUUCACUACAUAACAUAUACUCACCACAACAUAUUUUACAGCAUAUUAUAUAACAUUACAACGCCCUUAGAAAGCCACACUGUGGAGGAAGUGUGUAUACACACCUGAUUCAAUAAUUGUGGUCUAAAUUGAAGACCAUGGUCAGCUGCUUAGUGAAUCAGGUUAGAGUGGGUCUGGUCAGCUGCUUAGUGAAUCAGGUUAGAGUGGGUCUGGUCAGCUGCUUAGUGAAUCAGGUUAGAGUGGGUCUGGUCAGCUGCUUAGUGAAUCAGGUUAGAGUGGGUCUGGUCAGCUGCUUAGUAAAUCAGGUUAAAGUGGGUCUGGAACUAAAGCCAGUGCACACAGCACCUACGUAAACCUCAAGUCAGGGUGUGAGAACAUCGCUCUCUAGUGGGGGGAGAGGUGUCUGCAUAAAGCCAACAAUUUGGGGCUUUUAGGGGGCCAGGCCUCAGAGAUGUGGAAACACAAAAGGAAACAUUUCUGGGCCAAACACUGGAGCGAAGCCUGAUACGGAAAAUACCCUGUUAGAAAACAUUUGAAAUGCAUCCUCUUUUCUUCCCCCUUCACUUGAGUUCAUCACUGAUCUCAAGUGAGGUACCCAUACAGAAAAGUUGUAUAUUGAAAUAAUGUAUAUGGUGGUAAAUUCAAAAUGCAUUUCAAUAUAUUUUGUAAUGUAUGUUCAUGAAAUAUAUAAAUAAAAUAUUGAUUUACAUAUUGUACAUCUGUACAGUAUGUAACAUAUGGCAAUUGUAAAUGAUGAUUGAACAUACAGUAUAUCAAAUGAAUGUGAUCUAAAUGUAAGUCGCUCUGGAUAAGAGCGUCUGCUAAAUGACUAAAAUGUAAAUGUAAAAUCAAGACAUGAAGUAGAAAGGGAUAAUGUUUUUUAAAAGUCUCAAUAAUUUUUCUAUGCUGAAGUCUGAAAUAUUCAUUUGUGGAUAUGGUCCCUCUGGGCAAAAAAAGUAUUUGAUCCCCUGCUGAUUUUGUACGUUUGCCCACUGACAAAGACAUGAUCAGUCUAUAAUUUUAAUGGUAGGUUUAUUUGAACCGUGAGAGACAGAAAAACAACAAAAAAAUCCAGAAAAACGCAUGUCAAAAAUGUUAUAAAUUGAUUUGCAUUUUAAUGAGGGAAAUAAGUAUUUGACCCCUCCGCAAAACAUGACUUAGUACUUGGUGGCAAAACCCUUGUUGGCAAUCACAGAAGUCAGACGUUUCUUGUAGUUGGCCACCAGGUUUGCCACAUCUCAGGAGGGAUUUUGUCUCACUCCUCUUUGCAGAUCUUCUCCAAGUCAUUAAGAUAUUGAGGCUGACGUUUGGCAACUCGAACCUUCAGCUCCCUCCACAGAUUUUCUAUGGGAUUAAGGUCUGGAGACUGGCUAGGCCACUCCAGGAUCUUAAUGUGCUUCUUCUUGAGCCACUCCUUUGUUGCCUUGGCCGUACGUUUUGGGUCAUUGUCAUGCUGGAAUACCCAUCCACGACCCAUUUUCAAUGCCCUGGCUGAGGGAAGGAGGUUCUCACCCAAGAUUUGACGGUACAAGGCCCCGUCCAUUGUCCCUUUGAUGCAGUGAAGUUGUCCUGUCCCCUUAGCAGAAAAACACCCCCAAAGCAUAAUGUUUCCACCUCCAUGUUUGACGGUGGGGAUGGUGUUCUUGGGGUCAUAGGCAGCAUUCCUCCUCCUCCAAACACGGCGAGUUGAGUUGAUGCCAAAGAGCUCGAUUUUGGUCUCAUCUGACCACCACACUUUCACCCAGUUCUCCUCUGAAUCAUUCAGAUGUUCAUUGGCAAACUUCAGAUGGGCCUGUAUAUGUGCUUUCUUGAGCAGGGGAACCUUGCGGGCGCUGCAGGAUUUCAGUCCUUCACGGCAUAGUGUGUUACCAAUUGUUUUCUUGGUGACUAUGGUCCCAGCUGCCUUGAGAUUUUUGACAAGAUCCUCCCGUGUAGUUCUGGGCUGAUUCCUCACCGUUCUCAUGAUCAUUGCAAAUCCACGAGGUGAGAUCUUGCAUGGAGCCCCAGGCCGAGGGAGAUUGACAGUUAUUUUGUGUUUCUUCCAUUUGCGAAUAAUCGCACCAACUGUUGUCACCUUCUCACCUAGCUGCUUGGCGAUGGUUUUGUAGCCCAUUCCAGCCUUGUGUAGGUCUACAAUCUUGUCUCUGACAUCCUUGGAGAGCGCUUUGGUUUUGGCCAUGGUGGAGAGUUUGGAAGCUGAUUGAUUGAUUGCUUCUGUGGACAGGUGUCUUUUAUACAGGUAACAAGCUGAGAUUAGGAGCACUCCCUUUAAGAGUGUGCUCCUAAUCUCAGCUCGUUACCUGUAUAAAAGACACCUGGGAGCCAGAAAUCUUUCUGAAUGAGAGGGGGUAAAAUACUUAUUUCCCUCAUUAAAAUGCAAAUCAAUUUAUAACAUUUUUGACAUGCGUUUUUCUGGAUUGUUGUUGUUGUUAUUCUGUCUCUCACUGUUCAAAUAAACCUACCAUUAAAAUUAUAGACUGAUCAUUUCUUUGUCAGUGGGCAAAUGUACAAAAUCAGCAGGGGAUCAAAUACUUUUUUCCCCUCACUGUAACUGUAAAAAGCUCAGUUUAUGAAAUCGAUUAACUUUGGAAGGAUUCAUACCUCAGUAGGGUAGAGUCCCAGGGGCAAGGUUCUGUCAUCUGUGCCAUGGGGGUGGAGUGUUGGGCAGGGAACUGUCAAGGGAGCUGGCUUGGUGGUGUUGAGGUGGUCCCAUCAGAGUAGAGCAUCCUGGGAUAUUUUUCCCAUAGACCUGCUGUUAGUGGGAAAGAUGUUAGCAGGCAGUUGAUCACCAGAGAAAGCGAUGGUUGGCUGGCACAGUAUUUGAAUUAAACAUUAUUCACCUGCUUUCCUGAAGUAAGGAUUCACUCAUUUGGGAAGAGUUCCCCAGAUACCUUCCCAUCGGGGGAGGAGGCGGUAUAGGCUUGUUCUGUAAAACACAUCAACAAAUUCUCCAAAUGGUUAGUACCAUUCUCACAGUUAAAAUACAACGAUCAUCCACUAUUUUUAACUGACAUGAUUUAAAGUGAAUACCUCGGCCUUGGGCUCAGUUUUGUGUCUAUAUAGAAUAUUUAAACAGGUUCCUUACAGAUUUGUCUUUGUCUCAGAUAGAUGAACCUCCUUUCAUCUCCAGAAGAUCCAGCUGAGUCAUCCUCCACUGUUCUGAACCGCUACAGCAGGGGUCUCAGGCUCAGCCCCCGGCCGGCUGCCAGUCUGGCUCUGAGGGUUGGCCUCGGGUUAGUCUGGCUUGGUGAUGGUCAUUAUGGAAGGAUCCACAACAUCUACUCUGGAUAUCUGUAACAAGUGGGAGACGUCAGUCCACUCCGCUCAUGUCACCUACAGAACAAUCACUAACUGACACACUCAGAAUAGUAAUUUCAUUACUCAUAAAAUAAAGCUUAAAUUACCCUUUCUCCUGAAGUAGAAAUCUCCAUGUGUAGUAUUUACUCCACCAUUCCACGUUGGUCCCACCAUGGGGGUGAUUGGAGAUGGUGUUGGAGCAUUCCAUUGCUCGCAGGGAUGCUGGCUGUUGGGAGGGUUGGGGGGAUGCCCUCCCUCUUCGCAGGGAUGAUAUCUUGGUAUUGAGCUUGGUAUUGGUAUUGAGCUGCCCCUGCUCAGCUGGUAGAACACGGCGCUUGUAACGCCAGGGUAGUGGGUUCGAUCCCCGGGACCACCCAUACACAAAAAUGUAUGCACGCAUGACUGUAAGUCGCUUUGGAUAAAAGUGUCUGCUAAAUGGCAUAUUAAUUAAUUAAUUAAAUAUUAAUCUCCUGCUGCAAGUUGUUCAGCAGGACCUGAAUCUCACCCUAGAGGACAUCAGGAGGUUUAGCAGACUGACACAAAGAGAUAGGCUUCACACCAUGCCCAUUGGACCAUCUUAAGGAUUCUUUGUCACCCAACUCCAAUUUCAUUAGGAAUGCCCCGAUCUCAGCAGAAUAAUAGUGUAUUUAGACAAACCUUACCAGUGAGCUCUGAUGGGAUGUGUCCCUGCUCCUGUGAGCUCUGACGGGAUGUGUCCCUGCACCUGUGAGCUCUGAUGGAAUGUCUUGGUCACUGAUAAUGGAAAGUGAGCCAGAUUAGAGCUCUAUGAUUCAGCAAUGAAACAUUCAGCACCCCAUGACUAUUGAAAUGUACUAAUGAAGUCGAACCUUGCUCCAUUGGUGGUUGUUCACAGGGGAGCCAUCAUUUUCCAUUGGCCAUAUUGUGAUCCAUAUUGUGAUUCCUGUAAAAGCUGGGGAUUUUGGUAAAGUUACCAGAAUUUUGCAAUCAAAUAAAGAGUCUAAGAGUACAGUAGCUAGCUAGCGAUAUCUGUAUGAAGAACCUUUUUGUUUUAGCUCAUUUGUAGCUAGUUAAAACUGCAUCGCCUUUUUGUAAAACAAAUGUAUCUUGUUUUUUAGGUGGAGGAUUGUUAUCCAUGGUGCUGUGGAUGGUUACAGCAGGCUUGUUGUGUUUCUGAAGGCCUCUGACAACAACAGGAGUGCCACAGUCAUGGAGUCAAUCGAAGCAGCCAACACCUGCUACGGAAUACCAUCCCGGGUGAGAUGUGACCAGGGUGGUGAAAACAACCGUAUGUGUGCCUUCAUGGAGCAGUUCAGGGGUGGUGAGAGGGGAAGUGCCCUCAGGGGAAGGAGCACUCACAACCGGAAGAUAGAGCGGCUGUGGGGGGAUGUCUGGCAUGGAGUCGUUUACCAUGACCUGAUCACCUUCUUGGAGACAGAGCAGAUCAUCAACAUCAACAAUGAGGUUCACCUGUGGGCACUGCACUUUGUGUUCCUGUCACGGGUGAACAGAGAUCUUGCUUUAUUUCCCAGUCAGUGGAACCACCAUGGGCUGAGGACUGAACAACGACAGUCACCUCUGCAGUUCUUCGUCUCAGGUGCCCUAGCAAUGCAGAGGGCCAAUCUGACAGCAGUAAGGGAUUUGUUCGCCCCAGCUUCAACCACCAUCACCUCUCAAGCCACCACCUCAGCUCCUCCAACCACCACCAGCACCACCACCUCAGCUCCUCCAACCACCACCAGCAGCACCUCAGCUCCUCCAACCACCACCAGCACCAUCUCAGCUCCUCCAACCACCACCACCACCUCCUCAACUCCUCCAACCACCACCACCUCCUCAGCUCCUCCAACCACCACCAUCUCAGCUCCUCCAACCACCACCAUCUCAGCUCCUCCAACCACCACCAGCACCAUCUCAGCUCUUCCAACCACCACCACCACCUCCUCAACUCCUCCAACCACCACCACCUCCUCAGCUCCUCCAACCACCACCAUCUCAGCUCCUCCAACCACUACCAGCACCAUCUCAGCUCCUCCAACCACCACCACCACCUCCACCUCCAACACCACCUCAGCUCCUCCAACCACCACCACCUCCUCAGCUCCUCCAACCACCACCUCAGCUCCUCCAACCACCACCACCACCACCUCAGCUCCUCCAACCACCACCACCACCACCACCUCAGCUCCUCCAACCACCACCACCACCUCAGCUCCUCCAACCACCACCACCAGCUCAGCUCCUCCAACCACCACCACCAGCUCAGCUCCUCCAACCACCACCAGCAACACCACCUCAGCUCCUCCAACCACCACUACCUCAGCUCCUCCAACCACUGGUGCCGCAGCUCUUUAUUGUUCGGAAGGGGUGAUUGUCCCACAAAUCCAGUUCCCCAUCAGCAACACACAGAUGGAACUGUUGCGGACAAUAAAUCCAUUGGAAGGCCCCAGAGGCAGCCUGGGAGUUGACAUUCUACAGAGGGUUAUGGCACACUCCCCCUCUUUCACACACUGUAUGAUUUGGUCUCUAGAAAUGUACUACAGACAUGUUCAACCCUUAACAAAGAGUGUCAAGGUGUAUGGCCCCUCGGUGGGUUCAGAGAUAGAUCUGUGUUUAGGAUGUGUUUAG